UGCACGUGCAAAAAGAUUGCACGCAACAAGAUAGCAUUGUUUCAUCUACGUCCUGGAGUGCGGUCGACGGUCAACGAGCUCGAUUUCCUGAUAGCCAGGAUCGUGGAACUUCUUAGCGAAUUGACUUUCCCACCGAAAUUUACAUUCGGUGUGGAUGAGCUUGGCAACUCAUACUUCCUCGAAAAUGAGGUAGUGUGGCAUGUCGUUUUAGACGCUGUCGCGGAACUCGAGCUCUACAAGUACCUCAACAAUCUCGACAGUAUAUUCUGUGCAGCUGCUGUUGCUGUUUACUGCGCCUUGCAGGAGCUCGCGACCGGACGGUUCAUCAAUAUCGAAUUUGGGGGUGAAGUAUAUAGUAAACUUUACGAUAAACUGCUAGAGCAUCUGCAGAAGAACUCCCUUGUCCCACACUUGUUGGCACAUUGGGACAAGUAUAAAUCUCUCACUCGCACGAGGCUGAUGCAGAUAUGCCGUAUCAGUACUACUACUAGUAGUUGAUCACUCCCUUUCGUAUGAUCGUACGACUCCGAGUCACAGUGUACAUUAAUUUGAUCAACGACUCUUACGUUGGAACUAACAUGUCGCGCACUGAAUAA